AUGGACUCACAGAAAAGAUUGAAAAUUAACUUCACGCAGAACCUUUCGUCAGUAUUGUCCGAUCCAGGACGCUCACGAUCCGAAGUGAACACGUUCUUCACUCGACAUUGGGGCGAUUCAUUCGUGCCUCCCACUACCAUACCCCGCUCGACCCUUAUUCCUCCGAUCUCGGAUCAACAAUUUGUGACGCAUCAGAAGAAUACAGGGAGGAUCUACAAGAGGUAUCAUGCGACGAAGCGAGCGCUUGCUGCUCUUCAGCAACCGUCCACAUGUGGAGAAGGAGACGCGGACGAUCUUCCUCUGGUUCUUAUGGAUCCGUUAUUCCAUCUGUCCGAUGAGCGAACUUUCACCGAUAUCUUCACUGUGCCGCAGAAAGGUGUACCGGAUCCACUCAUCGUUACAAGAAGUGGAAAAACGGCCGUUUCAUGCCCACCAGAAGUUGAUAGUCGAAAGGAACAUGGAUCCUUUCGAGACUACAUGUCCCUAAGUUCACGUCUGGAAUCAUUCCAUGACGUGGUUGAUUCUCGGCUGGCAACACGUCUGGUAGCGAAAUCAGCCGCUUUCUGGCAAAUGGUGCACAGCUACGGUAGGCUUCAUGAGGAAUUGGCUGAUGCAAUGGGAAACAUCAGAAAAGUACGCUCCAACCUCCAAGCUGUAUCUCAUCUGGUUUGCGAUAGAACCCGGAAAAUCAUUCGCCUAUACGAACAACGAGAAAAGAAGCACAAAUUGCUUGCGAAGCUGUUUGAUGUUGCAUGCCUUCGUGAAGCCCAAACCACCGUACAAAUGCUCCUUAAUCAAAGUGACUACCCGAAGGCAAUCGAAUGCAUAGAGACCAGUGAGGAUGUGCUAAGUUGUGAAUUGAACGGGGUCCAGUGCUUCAGGCACCUCGGAUCACAACUAACAGAGUUGUAUGGUGUUAUUGGGCGAAUGAUGCUGGAAGAUUUUGCUUCUUUGAUACAAAAAGAAUUCGGCACUAAGCCAGAGGAAGGGGUUCUAAUGACCUACGAUGGUGAACUGACAUGCGUUAUCAUGGGCCUCGUCCAAGUACGACGUUUCAGUUUUAUGUCAAUGAUUCGAACAGAAAUAUUGGAGGCAGUGAAAGGCAUACUUCGACAUGAAGUGAAACUUCAUAUAGUACAAAGUGGCCUUGAUCUCACUGAUUUUGAUCCUACGCUUAGCCAACUUGGUGAGCCUGUACGUCGCUUGAGUUUUGAUGAUUGGUUGAAAACAGUGGACGAUGUCACAAAAGAGUUCUUCAAUUUCUGCAAGAGGGUUGAGGCAUUACAAAAAGUGGUGUAUGAAUGCGCUGAACGUAUAAGAAAUCAUUCUACUGCUACAAAACGUAUGAAAUCACCUUUCAGUGAAGAUUCGCUUCAAGUACGUGCAACCCUAGAACUAUCUUCGAGCGAUCAAGAUCUAACAUUCGGUGGGCUAUCGUCAACAACUGAUUUAAUGUCCUCCAGUGAUCCGGCCGCUUUACUUGCUGUUGAAAUUCGAUCGCUACCACAACUCUUGAAAUCUGCUUCCAUUUUGGCUGAAUUCGCUCACCACUGCGCCCAAACACGGUUAUGUCGACUGCUAGUUGCAAGAUCUAAGCUCCAGGAAGGAGUACAGGAUCUGACAACACCAGAGCAAAUGACGCAAAUGAUUUCCUUGGUUAAGACAUAUCAACAAGACUGUUCUGUUCAGGGAUGGCAUAAGACUGAGCCAAUUGCUGUUAGCCCACUCUCGAAAUGUCUGCAAAAAUUGUGCUUAGAGUACAUCGAACGGUUUCACUCACAACGUCGAGCAAAAAUGAGCUCAAUGUUGGAUGCUGAACUCUGGAAAGCGUCCGAGGUAGCGGCUGAAUUUCAAUGUCUAGUGGACGAAGCCAUUCGAACAAAUCGACUCAGAAAUGUUCCGGCCUCUGGACUGUCGGUAGGAGGAGAGGCGCUAAUGGUAGAAAAUACCCCUUACGUCGUGGUCGGCUCUUCUUUGAUUUUCAUGAAGAUUCUUGCGGAUUACUGUGAAUGUUUCGCCGCUCUUCCGACAUUCGCUGCCGAUAUUUUAUCACGAGUUGUUGAGCUGCUCAAAGGAUUCAACAGUCGAUGUUGUCAACUGAUUUUGGGAGCCGGUGCUCUGCAGUUGGUCGGAUUGAAGACAAUAUCGGUUCGAAAUUUAGCUCUAGCGUCACGUUCCCUGCAGCUAAUCGUUCACUUCAUCCCAAUGGUGGCCAAUGAGGCCGAAUCAUCCCUGAAAGAAGAUCAGAAGCAUCUCAUGCGCCAUUUCAAGCAGGCUUUAACAGACUAUUCAGACCAUAUUGGUGAAAUAACUGCUAAGUUAAUUAGUGUAAUCGAUCACCACACUAUCAACUGUUUGAAUAAUUGGGAAGUGACCUCAUCAGUACCAUCGCCAUCUUUUCAACAGAUCUGCCGUCAAAUGCAGAAAUUUCAUAACGGUUUGGCCGGUAUUUUCCCCGAUGAGCAGAUAAAGUCUCUUUUCGAUACAGUGCAUGAACACUUUAAAGGAAAUCUGAAAUUGCAUUUGGCAAAAAUCGGUAUUUCUCCGCACGACUCACUCAAAUAUGGAUUCGUUUCACAAGACUACGCUUUUUACGCGCAAAGUUUGAAGGCGAUGUCAAGCUGUAACGAUCUUUACGUCGAGUCAUUAAACGAUGUCAUUUACGGACGUUAUUCCCUUAGAGAGUCAGAACCUCCGGGUUUACCGACAGUUCCUCUAACACCGCAAUGUACAUCGGUCAUUGGACACGCUCGAGUUCAGGGACUGAUGGCCUUUGUCGGUUUAGCGGAGAAAUGCUCCCUCCAACUUAGCAGAGUUGCCUCAUCGAGAGCGACUCCAGUGCAGAUGACUGACAAGGGUCUUUUCAUGCAGCCGCUACAAGGUCUUAGGCUGCCCGGAGACUUCAAAGUUGCAAGGGAGCGCGGUUUGGUGGCUCUGCGGGCAUCCUUGGUAAAGCUUGGAGAUGGCUCUGUUUGGGUCCCAGUCUUUGAUGGAUCGUUUGCAUCAAAGACUGGGACCGAAAGAGAGCCAUUCCAUGAAUCCGGCUUUUAUCCAGCAAUGGGGACACCUAUGGGACCUGUGAAAAUAAAUAUCGGAGACAAAAUCAAAGAUCAAUUUAUGGUGAAGAAGAAGAUCGGUGAGGGAGCUUGUGGACAAGUUUACUUAGUGAAUCUACUCGAUAAAAAUGGAAAAGCUAAAGGAAAAGCUGCAAUGAAAGUGGAGCCGUUAAUGAAAAGUAAAGAUGACGAAAUUCUUAAAAUGGAAAUUUUCGUGCUGAAGAAAAUACAAAAUUCUCGGCACGUCUGCCGAUGCUACGCUUCUGGCAAAACUGAUUCAUUUACUUUUGUUGUAAUGAGCUUACUUGGGAAGGAACUGUCAGAUAUCCGGAGACGAUUGCCAAACAGAAAAAUGAGCGCUCCGUCAACAUUAAGAAUAUGUAUACAAGUUAUUCGUGGUCUUCAAGAUUUGCAUGAAGCUGGAUUUGUGCAUCGAGAUGUGAAGCCGAGCAAUCUUGCCAUGGGUCUUGCGAACACUCAGGUUGUAUACAUAUUCGACUUUGGACUUGCCCGUCAAAUUCUGCUACCCGAUGAAGGGGGUAAGCUACGGCUACGGGAGGCAAGAACCAAGGUGAUGUUUCGUGGAACUGUCCGCUACUGCUCGUUGAAUGUACACCAACACAAGGAACAGGGUCGUCAUGAUGAUUUGUAUGGUGCACUGUAUUCGAUGAUAGAGUGUUUAACGGCUUCUUUGCCCUGGAAAGGAAUGGUUCGUAAAGAGGCUGCUAAAGUAAAAGAAAACACUGGAGACAUCGCCUUAUGCAAGGGAUGUCCUCCUUCAUUCCUUGAAAUGGCCAAAACUCUGCGGAAACUAGUAUACAAAGAUGUUCCACCAUAUAAACAGUUUAUGGAGAAACUAAAACAGGACUUGCCACCAAAGAUCAAGAUGACCGACCCUUAUGAAUGGAAUAAAGCGGGUGGAACGAUUGCUGAUAAGGAAGGAGAAAAUGUUAAGAGUGACCGUGCAGAAGCGGACAAAGACGCCGCCAACGAUAAGAACACAGUGAAUGAAAUCGAUGAAAGCGUCGUCACAGAAGAGAGAGGAUCCGUGGCGAGCAUGGACACGGACGAUUACGCCAAGGAAGACACAUUAGAAGGAAUUUGA